UUUUGUUUUGUUGGUUAGAUUCUCUCUCUUUCUUUAUUUCACUCUCACACAGUAUCUAUGCUCUCACUCUCUAACACCGUUUUGUUUUUCUCGCUCUCAUUUUCUCGAGAAACAAACACUUUUUAAGCCGGACGGAACCUUUUUAGCUAAAACAGAAUCCUUAGGAGAUAUCACUCUUUGAUAUUCAAACUAUCUCGUCGUUUUGCUUCUUUAUCGCAUAACUUUUCUUGUUUUACUCGAAUUUUUGAUUCUCUUAAAAUUUCCAAGCUGAAGAAAAAUAGGAUUGAAAUUCUCUCGUUUUUUAUUUUUUUGAUAAAAAAAUAGGAGAUCGUUUUUUUUGUGUUUGAUUGAUUGAUUGUUUAAUUCUAGCUCACAGAUUUUUAGUUGAUUUCUUUGAAGAAAAUCAUGAGGUGAAGACUCCGAUGAGCUGAGACAGUGAGUGAUUUAGGGUUAAGAGGUGAUAAAUGAAGAAAUGUGCAAGUAUAGAAGUAAUUUUGGCGGUGUUUUUGUCAGUUAAUUGAAGCUACGAGUAGAGAAAAUGACCGUUAAUGAAAUAAAAUCUGUUGAGAGAGAUAUUGAGUUGGCUAUUACUGCUCUUAAAAAAGGAGCUCAAUUACUCAAGUAUGGACGUAGAGGGAAACCUAAAUUUUGCCCUUUCAGGCUGGCAAAUGAUGAAUCUGUUCUUAUUUGGCUGUCAGGAAAAGAGGAGAAGUAUCUUAAGUUGAGUCAUGUCUCCAGAAUUAUAUCUGGGCAGCGCACUCCAAUAUUUCAGAGAUAUCCACGGCCAGAGAAAGAAUACCAGUCAUUUUCUCUAAUAUACAGUGAUAGGUCCUUAGAUCUGAUUUGCAAAGACAAAGAUGAAGCAGAAGUCUGGAUUACUGGUCUAAAAGCAUUAAUAUCACGUAACCAUCUUAGAAAAGGGAGAGGAGUAUCUAGAAGUGAUGGAAUCUCUUCUGAAGCAACUAGUCCUAGAGCACACACCCAAAGAAGUUCUCCAUUGAGCUCUGCAUUUGGUAGUGGUGACAGUUCACAGAAGGAUGACAUGGAUCCUCUGCGUUUACGUACUCCAUAUGGAAGUCCUCCUAAAGCUGGUUUAGAAAAGGUGUUAACUUAUGUGGAAUCAUAUGGUGUGGCUCCUAAGGUUCUAUGUCCACCUGAAUCUGCUGGUGGCUCAGUUCAUUCUGUGUCAUCUGCUGGAUCAGAUGCAAUAAAUGGACGUUUAAAGGGUAUGGGCGUGGAUGCUUUUAGAGUUAGUUUAUCAAGUGCUAUUAGCACAUCAAGUCAAGGCUCAGGUCAUGAUGACACUGAUGCGUUAGGGGAUGUUUACAUGUGGGGAGAAGGCACUGGUGAUGGUAUUCUUGGUGGGGGAGUUCAUAAAGUUGGAGGGUCUGGUGUUAGAACUGAUUCUUUUGUUCCUAAAGCCUUAGAAUCUGCUGUCCUAUUGGAUGUUCAGACUAUAGCUUGUGGUCGGCAGCAUGCUGCUUUAGUGACAAAACAAGGGGAGGUUUUCUCUUGGGGAGAGGAGAUUGGAGGUAGACUUGGACAUGGUGUUGACUCUGAUGUCUUGCAUCCCAAGCUUGUGGAUGGCCUCAAAAAUAUCAAUGUUGAACUUGUGGCAUGUGGAGAGUAUCAUUCUUGUGCAGUUACACUCUCUGGUGAUUUAUACACUUGGGGUGGUAGUUCUCACAGUUAUGGGCUCCUUCAAAAUAGAAAUGAAACUAGUAAUUGGGUUCCAAAGAAGUUAAAUGGACCUCUAGAGGGAAUACAUGUCUCAUCAGUCUCUUGUGGACCAUGGCAUAUGGCUGUUGUGACCUCUUCUGGCCAAUUGUUUACUUUUGGAGAUGGAACUUUUGGCGUUUUAGGCCAUGGUGAUCGCAAAAGUGCAUCUAGACCCAGGGAAGUGGAGUCUCUCAAAGGCCUCCGCACUGUGCGAGCAUCAUGUGGUGUUUGGCACACUGCUGCUGUUGUCGAAGUCAUGGUUGGGUCUUCAAGUUCAAGUAAUUGCUCUUCAGGAAAGCUAUUUACAUGGGGAGAUGGAGAUAAAGGUCGUCUUGGCCAUGGGGAUAAAGAACCUAGACUGGUUCCCACUUGUGUUGCUGCUCUAGUUGAACCCAAUUUCUGUCAAGUUGCCUGUGGCCAUAGCAUGACUGUUGCAUUGACAACUGCAGGCCAUGUUUACACAAUGGGAAGCCCUGUAUAUGGUCAACUUGGGAAUCCUCAAGCUGAUGGAAAGCUCCCUGUUCGUGUUGAGGGGAGGCUUAGUAAAAUCUUUGUUGAAGAAAUAGAUUGUGGUGCUUAUCAUGUUGCUGUUUUAACUUCAAAAACUGAAGUUUAUACAUGGGGAAAAGGCGCAAAUGGACGACUAGGUCAUGGUGAUACAGAUGAUAGAAAUUCCCCCACAAUUGUUGAAGCUUUGAAGGACAAACAGGUCAAAAGUGUUGUUUGUGGCACUAGUUUUACUGCAGCUAUAUGUCUUCACAAAUGGGUAUCUGGUAUUGAUCAAUCCAUGUGUUCUGGCUGCCGCCUUCCAUUUAAUUUCAAAAGGAAACGGCACAAUUGUUACAAUUGUGGGCUCGUUUUUUGCCAUUCCUGCAGUAGUAAGAAGUCUCUCAAGGCUUCGAUGGCUCCGAAUCCCAAUAAACCUUAUCGUGUCUGUGAUCAAUGUAUUGGCAAACUUAGGAGGGCUACUGAAACAGACUCUUCAUUGCAUUUGGCUAUAAGUAGAAGAGGAAAUGUUAAUCGAUUUGAAGGUGGAAAUGGUGACUAUCCUAAUACAAGAUCUCAUAUUCAACUUGGAAGAAAUAAUUCGAUAGAAUCUUCUAAAGAGGUGGAAAGUGAAUCUUUAAAAAGAAACAAGAGGUUAAGCUUGAAUGGGUUUCAGGUUUCACUCUCUGCAACUGAUUCUUCUCAGCGCAAUGCUUUUAAUAGCUCUAAAUCUUUUGGUUCUUCCAAGAAAUUUUUUUCGGCUUCUCUUCCUGGAUCAAGGAUUAUGUCUCGAGCAACAUCGCCAACUUCCAGACGUUCUAGUCCACCCCGUGCGACAACACCAACUCCAAUUCUUACAGUUAACACAUUGCCAAGAGUUGCUGUGGAUGACACGAAAAAGUUAAAUGCCAAUCUUAAUGAAGAAGUUGUUAAAUUAAGAUCUCAGGUUGAAGAACUAACCCGCAAAGCUCAGUUACAAGAAGUUGAGCUUGAAAGAACAACCAAACAAUUGAAGGAAGCCAUUGCAGUAGCCAAUGAAGAGACUGUAAAAUGUAAAGCAGCAAAAGAAGUAAUCAAGUCACUUACUGCCCAAUUAAAGGACAUGGCUGAAAGGUUGCCCGUUGGAUCAGCUAGAAACAGCAGUUCACCCUCAUUUUACUUUUCUGGUGCCACUCCACCAAGAGAAGUUUCUUCUGCAGUCAAUGAGCAACUGAAUAGUCCCACAUCUUACCACGAAUCAGAUUCAAAUGAGUCAAGCAACUCAGUGAUUCCUACUUUAUUCAGCACUGCUGCCAAUCAAGCUUUGAGUCACCCUGAAGUAGCACAUUUGGAAACAACAACUAGGAGUAAAAACAGAACAGCAAAAGUCGAACCCUCCCAUGGUGAUGAAUGGGUUGAGCAUGAUGAACCGGGCGUGUAUAUUACCCUUGUAUCCUUGCCUGGAGGUGCCAAAGAUCUUAAGCGUGUCCGUUUCAGCCGAAAACGGUUCAGCGAGAAACAAGCAGAACAAUGGUGGGCAGCAAACAGAGCAAGAGUAUAUCAACAGUACAAUGUUCCUUUGGUUGAUAAAUGUCUUGUUGGAUUAGCUCAUUGAACUCCCACGAUCAAGAAGCAAAUACAAAUAAGGUAUAGCACUUGCUAAUGCUAUUCUUUGGAAUUUUCAGAAAUUGGUUUUCCAUUUCGGUAUUAAUGAUUUGAAAGAAGCCAAUUUUGAUAUCUUUUUAAAGUGUAAGGAUGUUGCUAAUUUCUUCAAAAAGGAAAUUAAGCCUGCUCGAUCUUUGCUUUCGGCCCUUUAAAAAGAUUUUUUCCUGGUAAAUCUUUCCAUGCCUUGAUAUUUUUUCCCAUUAUUUUUUACAAAGGGAAGCUUGAAAAGUGGGGAGGGGUUGGGGUUACUGUACAUUCUUUGUAAGUAGGGCAUUCUGACUUUGAAUUUAGAACAGCUGCCUUUGUAUAUUCCGAGAGAUGAGAUAAUACGGAUUGAACAACAUUCGUGCGGUGAAUGCUUUUUCUGCUAUUUUUACUAAUUUUCUUUAUGAUAUGUCAAUCUAAUUGAUUCAAUUUUUCUUUUUGUA